AUGUUUCGAGUUUUUCGAUGUUUGGUGUGCAUGCUCAGUUUGAGGGCUGUACCUGGCUGGUGGGAUCAGAAGCAGCCGCCAACGGAGGAAUAUCCAUCUUGGCGGUCUGACCCCAAAGGUUUCGCAUGGUGGGUGUACAACGAGACUAUCCAUGGAAACCAUACUUUUGAUGAGUUUUUCACAUGGACACCAACCAGCUGGGAUGGAUGGAUUUGGACCUUUUUUGACAUGAUCUUUAGCACAGUGGGCUGGUUGAUCUUCGGUCGCAAUUGGACGCAAGUUCGAAGUAGCUUUUCGUUCCUGCUGCGCCUGGGAACCUUACUACUGGUCUGCAUAUCGGUCCACUAUCUCCUGGCUUUGUGUUGGCCCAUUGUAUCGCUACUGGUCGGGUGCCUGCUCACCUUGGUUUGGCUGAUCCGGAACGUGGUUCGAUGCUGUGGAAGGACAGCGUUCUACUACCAACGUUGGAGCGGAGGAGUUCCAGAGGCGUUGGGGGCUUCCUUUUUUGGACCUGAGCUUGGUGAUCCUCCUGAAACAGGAGACCUACGCAAACUGAAGAAGGGUUCAGAUGGUGAGAAGUGGGUUUUGAUGCGUCGGCACGGAUUGACUGCCAUUUUCCGGGUACAAGACUCCAGCAGCAUCAAGUCAUCGGGAGUUUACUUGACCAUCGAACCUGGCUCUAUGCGCGGAGAUCAGGAGCUCACGCAGUCCUUGCAGGGACAUGACAGGGUUCAGUUGUGCAGACAUGAAAGCUGUAGUGAAGACGGGCCGCAUUUCAAGCAGUAUGCCACGGUGAAGGCUUUUAACCCAGAGACCUUCCAGCUGAAUGCAGCUUCUACACAUCAGGCGGGAAGUCAGUUUUUCGGCUGGGUUCGACGUGGUGCAUCCAAGGCCGCGCAGAAGGCUAAGGAUUUGGCAUCUGAGUCAGAACCUGAAGUUUGUAAAUGCCACGCUCAUCAAAUUCGAUGGGAGGGCGACCAGGGACAUCAGGUACUGAGCGAAGGGAUUUGUAAAGAGGUAGGAGUAGAUGUACGUCUACUGGACGAGGAUGUGCCAGGUAGUUUAGGUACUGUCACCCUGUGCCCCAAACAUGUCUCCAAGUAUCUGACUAGCAGGUUCCAACUUAAGUGUGCCAUGGCUGAAUGUUUCAGGGUCGGCUGUGGAACUUCGGGUGGACUCCGUCUAUGCGCAGCACAUGAGGAAUCGUCCAGGAUGUCAUCACGGAGACCAUCAACCUCCAGAUCAAGAUCCAGGCCCCGAGAACGAGUCGAAGGAGAUCCUGAAGAAGUUGAACGUGAUGGAGGAGUACGACGUCGAGUACGCCAUGCACGACCAGAUGAAGAACAUGCAGCAGAGAAGGCGGAGCAGCUGAUGGAGGAUGUCCGUUCAGCAGCUGAACCACCAACCAGUGGAAGAGCGAGGAGACGACAUGGAGAGGAAAUGUCACCGGGUCGGACUCCGAAGUCAGCAGUCCAACGGAGUCUUGCAAAGUUGGGCAUGGUGGACUCUCCGGACAGGAGAGAGAUGAUCACGACUUUGGAGGAGUUCAUGGCUCAGUUUGUGGAUGGCAAGGAUUUGGGCCUUGACGAGGAGGACAUCAGACAGCAGAUGGCGGCCACCAGCGGCAUGACUUUGUAUGACUUCACCCAGGUGCUCUACGACCAGGCGGUGGAGGAGCAGCGGAAGGGCACAAAGGGCCUCACCAAGUUCUUGGCGAAGUGGCGCAAACAAUUGGCAGCUGGCAAGAUGCCACCGGUUGCACCAACUCCCCCAGGAAGUUGGAGCUUGGUGAGCAGCCCUGAUGAGGCCAAGCCGAAGGGCGUGAGAGAAGAGAUGAGGAGUGAAGGUGGCACCCCAAGCGCGGUUUCUCCUGGUCUAGUGACCUUGGCCCCACCUGGAAUUUACAAUGCUGAUGACCGUAAGGCGGGCACAGGAGGUGUGGCGGAUAGCUCAAUGACUGACAUUGCCAAGGCGAUCCAAUAUCAGACGGCAGAGCUGGCCAGUUUGGUGAAGAGUCACAAUGAGGCGAACCCCACAGGGAACAAUGGCUCCAUCAAAUCCUUGAACAAAGCUUCGGAAGAGCUGGUUUUCCUCCUACGUGCAUGUGGCCAGUACACUGUGGAGGUCGGGGAGAACGAGUACGGGGCCAACCUGGCCAAUGCUCUGUUGGCGGCGCAGGCGGGAGCAUCCACCAAGCUGCGCAAUGCUGGCUUCAGACAGAAGGUGACGAGCCGUCUUGCAGUUGGUCUGGCCGGGCCGUUUUGGGGGACUCAGGAGAAGUAUGCGCUUUCUGCUGCUGAUUUCCUGCCAUGUACUGAUGCAGAACUUGACCAACAUGCGGUCGAAUCCCGAACUGGGAAACAACAGAACGAGCAGCGCCCCCCUGGGCCCACCCGUUAUGAGGAUUGGGCCAACCGGGUGAAGAGACAGACCGAUGUUUGGUGUCUGGUCUACGGUAAGGAGUGGCGAGCUGUUCGGGAGCACGCGGCGCAAGUCCUUGGUGAGUGGCAUCUUGGAGCUCCACAUCGCUGGCCAUUGCAGGUGCUAUGUGAGGUAUGGGAAGAGCUUCAUUGGCGCUUUGUGGAGGAGCUCAAGACGGAGUUGCGCAAAAUCAAGGGACUCAGCGGACGGGAGUCUAUGACACUUGCGGACUUGAAGUUCUAUGCCCUCAUGCCGGACGAACGAGGUGCCCCACCAUUGCAGUUGCCCCGGACUUUUGAUCUACAUCACCCAGAUGGAUGGUUUGUGUCGGAAGUUUUGCCCCGUAUUGAGAGGAGACAGGAACGCAUGUUGUGGAAGCUGACUUGGGAAGGAGCUGCAAAGGGCAGGGGCCCUAGUCAACCAGCGGGAGGAGACGGGAAGCCGGACGACAAGGUGACCUUGAGAACUCUAUUGGGCCCCAAGCUCACCGUGGAGGAGUCCAACAGGGCACGAGAUCGCGCACCUACAACGAAGGAUGGCAAGUUGCUUUGUUGGGGAUAUUUAUCCCACCUUGGUUGCACUCAAGCAGGUUGUCAACGAGCACAUGAAAACCUCAAAGGAGCUUUUGAGUCCCUUGACCCUAUGGUGCAGAUGCAGCUGUUGCGAAGAGGUGGUUUGAAGCGCAUGCGGCAGGAGACCAAGGAGACAGCCAUUGAGAAGAUUGGCCAGUUGAGGGCGCAGGUUGCGAAGGACAAGAAGGACAAGAUCAAGGAUGGGCAACCAAAGCGCAAGGCUGGGCAGGAGGACGCAGGUCAGCCGGCCGAGAGCCAAGAAGGUUCAUGUGAGAAGAGAGCCGGAGGAGUCACUUGGAAGCCUCCCGCAGAAAUGGUGGAGAUCGACUACACCGCGCAGGAGAAAGAGCUCGCAGAGAUGCUGAAGGGACCCAAGCAGGAAGCAUUCAAGAAUCAGUAUAUGGAGGGCGUCACCCACGCAGGACGAGGAGGAGAAACAGCCCCAGGGGCAGCUCAAGAGCUGUUGCGGAAGGCACAAGCACUGUCAGAUGGGCCGGUGCUGGGAAGAUUGCAAGGUGCGUCGGAUGACCUUUAUGCAUGGGCGGCCACCAGAGUUGCAAGCGAGCCGUCGGUGACGUUGACAGAGCUCUUGGAGGAUAUGGUGCAGUACGGUCUGGGGGAGCUUGCGGCUGAGGCGGCAGAGAUCCUUGAGAAUGCGUCAGAAGCCAAGGCAGGCAGUGCAAAGAGGUGUGUGGUGCAUGACACAUUUUGGACUGAUGCUGGACCUGGAAGAGCUCAAGUGGACAUUGACGGUCGUGCUUGGGCAAUGUAUGACUACAAGGAAGAAGUAGCCAUGACUGAAGAGUUGGCGGGUCUGUUGGGAGUGGUGUCGCCCGAAGUUGAGAAGCGUCAGUGCGUUACCAAGGUAUUGGCAGCAGGAUAUCUGGCGAACGAGGCCGCACCCGGACAGUUACCUACCAUGGAGGACGUGGAGACCCAGGCGCAAGCUUUUCGCCUAGAGCAAGCCAGACUGGCGACGGAGGCCGAGGGUGUCAUGGGUCAUGCAGAGCAAAGAGUGGCGGCAAUUGAGCAUGAGCUGCGGAUGUACACCCACGACAUUCUGAAGCCACACCAUGACAAGGACUACAGAGCCCUGGCUGUCUUUCCGUUGGAAGUCUUGGAGGAGUACAGAGUCAUUGUGCUACGUACGGACUACAAAGGGGACUAUGUGCCGGAGAUCGUCCAAGGAACUCAUUGGAAGGCUGGGCAGAAGGACAUUUGGGCUUUGAUCUACAAGGGCCAUAUGAUGCUACUGGUUCCUCCUGGCGAGGCUGAAGCUAUGGCAAUCCUCAAGGAGUUUGACAUCCACACGACGCCCACGCUUGGUUUCCGUUAUUUUUGGCAUCAACGACAUGACCAGCCACGCACUGCGCCUGGACAGCUGAUGUGCAGGCAUUGCAAGCCACCGAAACGGGCUGGCACUGCGGAAGGCAUCCCAAUGAUCCGAAAACAGUCUUGUUUGGCAGCAGCAGCACUAUGUCUGGCAGGUGGACACCAAGAACAGUAUCAUGUGCGUCCUGCAGCAGCUCCUCAUGGACCAACCGGCUUGGUAUUGCGGGAGUACUUUGCGGGGCAUGGUGUCAUCACUCAAGGAUGGAGAAGGGCAGGGGAGAUUGCGUUGGAGCCGGUGGAGCUCUAUGAGGAUCCUCAUCGUCGACAAGGUCCCCGACCCGAUCAUGAUCUUGCAAAUCCUACAGUGCAGCAGCGGUUCUACCAGGAGGUUGAGGAGGACAAGAUCAACGUGGAAUGGCUGGCGUGUCCGUGCACGACGUUUUGUGAUUGGAACUUGCAGAACAAUGGCACCAGGACGUUUCAGAACCCGCAGGGCAAACCCAAUGCCAAGGAGGAGUUGGGCAACACGUUGGCCGAGUUCGAGGCAGCUUUAUUUGAGAAAGCGUUGGACAGGGGCCAUUUUCCUAUUGCGGAGAGUUCUGGGCGGUCAGGUAGAUACCCCAAGAUGUGGCACCUUCCUUGUUGGCAGAAGCUUCUACAGCGACCGGAUGUGGAUUUUCUGGAGGUGGACAUGUGUGCCUAUGGGUUGGCCCCGCUGGACGCCACGGAUGAAACUCAGUUUUAUCGCCAUCGAACCGGCCUAGCUUUCCCUCGACACCCAGCUUUCAGGGCAGCAUUAUUCCGAUUGUGCCCGGGGCUUUCUGAUAAUCACCAUCAUGUUCCCCUCCAAGGCUGCCGGCAGAACUCUUCGGUGACCAGAUGCACAGAAGCUGGGGUCUAUGCGGAGCAGUUCGUGGAGACGGUGGUGGAGGCCCUCCGUGCAGUGGUUGUGGGGGGGGGGGUAGGCUUCAGCCACAGAGACAAGCAGGAGGGCAAGUUCAGAGUGUCAAAGGACUGGGUGCAGGAGUGGGACCAAAUCAAUUUGAUGGAGACAAUCCCAGCAGUUCCGACGAGGAGGGCAAUGGUGAUGGAGAACCGCCGGACGACCCUUCUGACCGAGGUUCAGAGCAACAGGAGGCCUAUGAGGGUGGUGAAAGCGAGGAGCCGGUACGGGACGAAAGCACGACACCGACCAGUGUGGCAGAUUCACCAGCAUCAGGUACUGAGGCAGAGGUCGAGAGUACAACCCGAUCGGAAGAGGAGGGUACACUACAUGCAGGUCAUGGAGAAGCAGAACACGCUGAUCAUGGAGGAGCUGACCGUUCAGAUGGUUCAGAACACGCUGAUCAUGGAGGAGCUGACCGUUCAGAUGGUUCAGAACACGCUGAUCAUGGAGGAGUUGACCGUUCGGAUGGUUCAGAACACGCUGAUCAUGGAGGAGCUGAUCGUUCGGAUGGUUCACCACGGCUACCUGCAGGUCACGGAGAAGCAGAACAAGCUGGUCAUGGAGGCAGAUCUGGCGGUGAACAGGCCUGGAGGAGAUGAGAUGUUCUACAACGACGUGACGGGAUUGUUGUGGAUUUGGCACCGGGCGCCGCGGAGAAGGUUUGUGGUCCCUGGAGGGGAAGGUUGUCCCUUCCCUGUUGAGUACUUCAAGGUCAACCGUUGGACGAGGUGCGAGAAUGUCGAUGAGGAGAACCCGUUGGAUGUGGUGGAGAUUGAGGACAAUUGGACCACGCAAGGAGCAUGUGAGGGUCCGUUCCAGCACUGGACGGGAUGGACGGUCUUUCAAGUUCAAGGGUACCGGAAACCCACUGUUUUUCCGUGGGAUGCCAGUGAGGCAGGGAGUGAAGGCCCCCAGGAGGAACAGGAUCAAGUGAGCAAUCAUGAGGAGACACCUACAGAGGAAGAAGGAACCACAGGAGCCAGAAGUUCCGGAGAUGGAGGUUCAGGACGUAGAAGCGGAGGAGAUAGCGAUGCGUCACAAGGAGCCACUUGGAAGUCGUUCACUGAGGAAGGCAUUGGAGAAGCAGUCCGAACAGCCGCAUUCACCUACGUGGAGGUCAUCGACAAGAUUGAAGAUCAGGAGGCAGCUACGUGGAGAAAGGUGAAGGAGGCAGGAGAUGAGCUUUUACGAGCAGCUGGGACAGUGGAGCGAGCAGCAGUGGCGUUGUGGAUUGUGCGAGAAAAGCUGGGGAGGAACAAUCUCCAAGGGGUGAAUGACCCAGAUCUGGACGGGCUUCUACACCCAGACCAUUUGGCCUACCUCAGGGAGAUCAGAGCAAAAGGCAUGCCAGCGAGGUAUGAAGGAGAGAGGAGACGAGUUCGAGCUCAACCUCACCCGAGGGCCCGAGAGAACCUGGGACAAGUGUAUCGGCAGCUCAUGAAGGAUGUGGCCAAGCACCGUGUACUGGUGGUAAGUGCUGAACGCCCUGAAUUGCAGCAUACUGCAUCGUCACCGUUUGAGGCAGUGCCGAAGAUGCUCCCGAACCGCACGCUGUCUGCAGAAGUGCGUUUGGUCCACGACCAACGCAACAUCAACAGCGGCACCGACAAGGAACUACAUCCCCCGGCCACGCAGCCCUUGCACGUGCAGGUGAUUCGACGCAUCCUUUUUUGGAAGACAGUUUUCCCGAAGGUGCCGAUCCUGAUGGCCAAGAAGGAUGUUGCGGGGGCCUUUCGUCUCCUGUGGGUGGACCUGAAGGAUGCAGAACUCUUUGCAGGUGACGUGCCGUGGACACCCAGCUUGAUGGGCUCUGGAGAAGACAAGGUGCAAGAGGGCGACCCAAGCAGUUUGAGGGAUGCCAGCUUCAACUUCGAUGGCAAGAUCCUUGUGGAUGACAUGGUCCUUGUCGAGCCGCAGGUGGGUUUGAGGCCCUGGGUAUCCAGUGAGGUUUACGAGUGGGCAGUGGUCAAGUUGCUCGGGCGCAAUGCAAUCAAUGCAGCGAAGGACGCCGAAGAGGGUGUGUUCUCAGAGGCACAGACGGUGUGGGGCGUCACCAUCAACACGGCCACGGAGAAGAUGUCGUUGCCGGAGGCGCGCGUGCUGAAGGGGGCGCACCUCUUGGCGGAACCACAGUUCAACUUUGGAGAGCGGUCUGUGACGCUUCGAGACUUGCAGCGCCUGCGAGGCAUUGCCACGGGUUGGAGUACCAUUGUGAAGGGCCUCAAGAACGAGCUGAAGGCGAUCGACCGUUUCCUUGGAGGUGUGGAUGGAGGUGCAGUUGCGGGGCCUUCAGGAUGCCAGAGCGACGAGGAGGCGGAGACAGCAUGGCUGGACCUUUGGGCAGUUUUUGAAGAUUGCCGGUGGCUAUGCUCGAGGUCGGAAACUUGGUCGGAGAAGUUCGGAGGAGACAUCCGGGAAGCGCUCAGCCCCAUGGAACGUCUGGCGCUGCCGGGUGGGAAUUUCUCGUCAGCCGUGUUUGUAUCGUCUGAUGCAACUCCGACGGUGCUGGGUGCCAUCGACUGGACGCAUGGGUUGGCUUGCAGGGAGGAUGUGAAGGAGUUGAAACCUUGGAUCAAACAAGUGCUUGAGGAGGAUGGUGGUGACGCGGAGGGACCUCUUGCUAUCCAUUUGGGGGAAAUGUUGUCCUUCGUGGCCUUUGCUUGCAAGGUGGGAAGCGCAUGGUCCGGCAAGGUGGUGUUGUAUGCGGGCGACAACCGAACGGUUUAUCACUGGGUGACUUCGAGGCGGAGCAAGGUGAGGGCCGGCCGGCUGUUGAUUCGCGUGCUCAACCUGGUGGAGAUGCGUUACCGAUGCUUGAUCUUGGGUGCGUGGUGGAGGACGUAUCACAAUGAGGAUGCAGACGAUUUGACGCGCAUGACGGAGGUCGAGGCCAUGGAGAAAAUCAAGCAGAAAGGCUGGAACUAUGUGGACCUGAAGCAGGCGAUUGGUCAGGCGCUACAAGAUUCCGAACGGUUUGGGCCUUGCUUCCUGUCAUGGGGCGAUGAUGAAGAUCGAAUGGAACAGAUGAAGCUGCGUGAGCUGAGGAAGUUCAGGGCUUUGCACAGGCAACCACAGAGGCUACAGGAGAUCGACAUUCAGGAAUGGUGCCAUCGACAACGCUUGAUCAAGGAUUUCGAGUAUUAUGAGGUGCAGGAGACCGUGAAGAAGAAGAAGGUGAUUGCAACUACAGUUGGUCCGGACCCGAAAGGAAGGGUUGUCAAGAAGUUUUGGGACUACUUGCUUGCGGAGGAGUUCGACGUCGCGAUCAUGGAGGGCCCUCGAGAUGUGGACUGGGAGCUCUACAAGGAGAUGGCGAGGGCGAACGGACUUCAGGUGCAGGUAGUGGAAUUCUUGACGGCCGAGCUGGGUGAGGUUUUGGUGAGAAGACGCCGAGCAGGCUUUGUAUCGCGAACCAACGUCAGCAUCGAGAAGGUGGAAGACUGGCUAGUCAAGGUGACGGCACCGUCAUUGGGCACAGUCCUUGAAAGGGCCGGAGAAGCCAGUUGGAGACCAUGGAGCAAGUGGGAGAAAGCGCACGGGCAGGGCGAUCAUCCCAUGUUACCCAGAGUGGGUGCUCAUGUGUGGUUCGAGGAUGACGAGGAGCGUUACAACGUGUACAAGCUCAAUGGACCCUGCCGGUGGCCGCUCUCCAAGGAGGCUGCAGGCGUUGAAGAGCUCUACGUUCUCGACCGAGCGGCCCCGGCAGGGAUGGUGCGUGUGGUGCUGCCAGAGGAGAUUUGGAGAGCACAGGGUAGGACCAAGAAAGAGUGGUUGAGUCUGACAGCCGUGAUGAAGGAGAGUGAGGUCCUUAAGGAAGGCUGCUUGGGCACUGGAAGGAGGACUGCAUUGGCACUGCUGGGCGUGGCAGCGGAGUUAUGCACCAUGGAGGAGCAGGAGGCCAAGGCAGGUAUGUGCUAUGACGGGGAGGACGUCAAAUCCCUUGGACUGUUGUUGGCUUGGCUACGUCGAUGGCGACGGGGAGAUUUUGGACGUGCUUUCCCUGACCGGAAGGCUGGAGGUGCGAUGGAAGAAGGGAGAAGAACUUUGUGGUUGUGGAGCGAGUCCUGGUGGUGCGAGGGCCUCGACGAGGAUGAGGAGGUGUUUGAAGACCAGAAAGCUGGCGGCCGAAGCAAGUCAGCAGACAAACGGGGUACCCGCGUGGUGGAGGGUCACAGAGCAGUCCAGCUGCAACCCGGUCUGGUGGCCGACUUGGACGUGCAAGCGCAGGUCGAAGAGUGGUUGGAAGAGCACAUGGACGGAGAUAAGGCAGUGAGCACCAAGAAAGCCUACCAGUCGGCAUGGGGCAAGUGGUGCGAUUGGAGCAAAAGGCAGAAAUGGCUGUCGCCGUAUUUGCAUCACAAAGAUGACCCGGUCGAGAACGAGAACAAGAUCUUGGGGUACUUGGGCUACUUGGGAUGGCUUGGAACUUCAGUGGCGACGCUCAAGCAGGCGGUGUUUGCAAUCAAGGAUGCUCACAAGCGGGCAGGGCAUGGAGAUGCUACGGCCAAAAUGCAUCGGCUGUGGAUUGUGAUCAACUCGCUUGAGAGAAAUGCAACAAGGCGACCCCGACGUCUGGGAGUUACGGUGCCGAUGCUCAAGUGGAUUGGACAGCAGUUUGAGACCGGAGCAGAUGCAGGAGGAGAGCUGCGCAUCAACUGCAGGGUGAUGGUUGCGGCGCUGUUGGUGGCGUGGUUCUAUAUGCUACGAGCCCGGGAAUACUGCGACAGCAGCGGUGUGGACCUGGAGAUGGUGAUGAGAGGGCAGGACGUACAGUUCUCGGUCAAGGGCGAGGCGGUCACGGAGAAUGCGGAGGAGCUCACGGUGCAAUUUCGCAAAACAAAGGCGGAUCAGAUGGCCUUUGGGACGUGCAAGACGCUGCUCAAGACUGGGGUCAGGUACGUUUGUGUGGUCACCGCGAUGGAGGAGUUGCGGAAGGUGACACCGAGGAGGUUCGAUGGUGGACCCGAAUCGCACCUACCCUUGUUUCGGUGGGCAUCAGGACAAGUCCUGAAAAGGGUGGAGGUGCAGGCCAUUUUGCAGAGAGCGGCAAAGGAGGUUGGUCUUCCAGCUGAACGCUUCCAGAGCCACUUGCUGAGGAUUGGUGGAGCCUCGGCGUUAUACCAGGCGACAGGAGAAAUUGAGGUCGUGAAAAGAGCAGGAAGGUGGACGAGCGGGGCCGUCCAUCGCUACCUCUAUGACGACGGCGAUGUUCUCAAGGGCUUGGCGAAGCAGAUGGCGGAGAUCGAUCAGUACGUGCACUACACGUAA